AAGUUGUUGAACGAUGAUAAAGUGAUCCCAGAGUUACUCUAGUUUAUAAUUAUCUAGAAGUAGUGUAGCCUCUAGCUAUCAAAACAACCUAACCAACAGACAUCAUAGUACAACACAGAUAACUAGCUACCUAGAUAGAUGGCAGACUCUGGAUACUUUCCCUAACAAGAAAUAAAAAAGAAAAUUAAUAUUAAAUAAAAAAUGUCUGACUACAGUUCUGAUGAUUAUGAGGAUGAUGAAGAAGAGUAUGUGCCAGUUCAGUUGGAAGAAUGCAAUAAAUGUGGACGAAAGUUUAAUCUUGAAUCAUUAGCUCGCCAUUCUAAAAUAUGUGACAAGGUUAGCAAGCCAAGAAAAGUAUUUAAUUCAAGGAAGCAAAGAUUACAAGGGCUAGAAGCAGUGGACGUUAAGAAAACAAAUGUCACACCAUCAGUUGUGCAAAAGGUAAAUUCUCACAAGGCACCUAGAAAAAAGGACUGGAGACGACAACAUGAGGAGUUUAUUAAAACCAUCCGUGCAGCCCGAGGUGUUACUGCAGCUCAAAAAACUGGAGCAGCAUUACCCCCUCCCCCAUCGCCGACUUUUAAUCCAGAUUAUAUCCAAUGUCAGUACUGUAAUAGGAGAUUCAAUGAAAGCGCUGCAGAAAGACAUAUCAAUUUUUGCAAGGAACAGAAGUCACGUUUACCAAAGCAGUCUGGCGAUUCGAAGUUCUCCGCGAAGAAAGAAAAACAACAAAAACGACAGCAGUAUAAGCCGCCGAUGCCUGGACAAAGGAAAGUCUCUGCAGAAUCUCCAGUAAAACGCAGAGGGGGAUCUUCCGGACCCGUUUCUUCGCCCGGUGCAAAACCUGUAACCUCACCUGGACCCAUCAGAAGGAAUAUUCCACUUCCGGAGAAAAAAUCUAAAUCAGAUACCGUUAUAGCAGGGAGAAGAAAAGCUCGAAAUGACAACGAUGAACGUCCGCUAAACACCAACUCGAGAUAUUCAAAAACCAGUUCAGGAUUCUCGAGUCCAGGUUCUGAUAAUGAAAAACCAAGGUCAGGAAAAAAUCGUAACGGUGACCCGAAAUGGUUCGAAGACUUGAAACGACACGAUUCUGGUAAAAACGCACGCACGCCGUCAAACUAUGACGAAUUGGAUUCUGGGAUGGAUUUAAACGACAAUUUUACUUAUCGAACGAAUAAAAAAGAGCAUCCCGUCGGAGUUGUCAGACCAUCCUCUAGAAGCAAAGAAAGCGGAUUGGGCGAAGAAAGAAACGUCAGUGCCGGCCGUCGCAAAAUGGCGAAUUUUUGUCACGAUUGCGGAACAAAAUAUCCGGUAACGAACGCAAAGUUUUGUUGCGAAUGCGGUGUCCGAAGAAUGGCUCUGACGUAAACAUUAUUACCUGUUCAUAUCUUCUUUCUUAAGUUUCAUUCAGGCUGCAUAAAAAAAAUAUCCAAAAAUUCGAGUAACCUCGUCCUUAGAAGGCUUAAGCACAAGGUUUUUUUUUUUUAUUUGUAGUUUAUUUAUAGAAUUCUAUUUGUUAAUAGCGUAUAAAUAUUUGUUUCGUAACCGUGUGUUGUAAAUAUUGGCGAAUUGAUUUUUACUUUUACCAUUAAAAGAGUUAAUUAUAGGUAUAUUGAA